AUGCGAAACUCAUUCACCGAUGAUGCCUAUCGGGAACGCCGGUGCUACUCGGGGCACGAUCAUCGUGGAAGCAAUAGUACGAUCACAUCAUUGGCCCACUCGGAAAAUGAGAACAACAAUACGGAGGGCUAUUUUUUAGAUCAACACUACAACAACAUUCUGUUCAUGAGACUUAACAAUAAUACUGAUCGUUCUUCUGUUUGUUCAGAAUUAGUUUUAUUCGGACAUGAUGAAUCUGAUUUGGUAAAAUUUCAAACUAUGGAUCGUUUAAUAGGAAUGGUCAUGGAUUAUAUUUCACGAUUAAUCAUGAUUUGUCAAAUUUAUCUUACAAAAUUCUCAUCAAAACGUACAUCCUAUACUACUAUGUUCAUCUUGACAAUUCUGGUAAUGGCAGUGGGCCCAACAACUGCAUCUAAUUUACAAUUGUAUCAAUGCCCAAACGGAUUUUUGCAAUACUCAACAUCGAUUGCAUAUGCAAACAGUAUCAUUUCUACGUGCCAAAUUUGUGACGGAUCAUUUACAUGCUCAGAUAACACAGAUUGGAACGGAGGAGCUAUUUCAUUUUCAAACCCUUUACUGUCUACUGAUAAGCUUGUGGCAAUAAGCGGAAAUUUAUUGUUUCAAUAUGACACAUGUGACACCAAUACUCUACUUAUGAAUCAAUCCAACAUUUUGACUAUAUCAUUUAAUAAUCAGCCCUUUGUGAGCUCAACGUUAGUCAGUGGAGGAUGCUCAUGUUUUGGAUGUUCACAAUUUGCAUUUUCAUACACUAAUUAUGACAUUUUAAAAAAUGUAAUACAAUCACCUACUACGCAAUUUAGGAUUGACCGUACUUACGAUACAAAUAUUUGUGUAAACAGAAUAGAUUUAACCUAUUGUUACGUGCAUGAAGGAAACAUUACAAGCUAUGCAGUUACUUCAUCAAACGGAAAUAAUUUGGAUGUUGACAUUUCCAAUAUUACUUCUCCUUUGAGUCAAGAUUUGAUUUUUAAUGUCAGCAACAGUGGACCAGAUGCAUCCAGGUCUCUGGAUAUCACGUUCCAAUUUUCCUCUUUGGCCACUUUAUCCGUCAAUGGUCUAUCCAUUGUAAUUCCAAGCAGCUAUAUUCCUUCAACGCCUUCAAAUUUAUGCAAUUAUACCAACAGUACCUACGCAUGUCCCAUUCUCGAUAGGUACUGCACAUGGAACAGUCUUGUACUGAAUUGUGUCAUUGAUGCUAUUGUUUUGGUCAAUGUGACUGGAACCAACAACACAACUAUCAUUGAGAGCAUAGUUCCUUCUUUUGGUAACAAUUUUUCUCUAGUAUUGCACACAAGUAUACAAGCUCAACAACAAGGUGUAAACACUACUACCAUCACCUAUUCUUUGAAUCCUUCUAAAAGUGUUACUCCAGUGUUGGAUUCCAAUCCAAACGACAAUAAGGGUGUGCUAGCUGUAAAUUUAUUUUCCAAUGAUAUCAAGAGAUUGUUGACAUUGGGAACAAAAUUGAAGGAUAGGAUUUCUUUCUCUUCUUCAAAUAGAUUUGCCACAUUCGUACUUAAAGUAUUGCCUAGCGAUGUGACCAGUUUUUCAAAACCUAUUGUGCUGCUUGACUUUAUAUUUUCAGACAAAAUUGAUUUUAAUAUCAGGAUUUCAGACACAGAUUCUUUACUGUUUGAGAGGAGAGUAUACUCUGACGAAUUAUUUGUGCUGUCUACUACUGAGUAUCAAUACAGCAUAUCAAUUCCAUUCUUUAGAUACGAUAACACCAUUCUGGAUGCUACAACAUUCACAAUUGCAAUGACAUCUAUUUCCAAUGAUACCACUCUCACAGACCCCGAGUUGGUGCAAUUUGUAGUCAGUCCUAAAAUUAUUAAUAUGGUACAUCCAGCAAUCAAUAGCGAUCCAAUCACAGAUACAUCCCUUUUUUUAAGGUCUUGGAAAUUCUACUAUGUCACUUCAUAUUCCGACAGCGCCAUUUUGAACAUUCUGUUUGAGACAACGGCAACGUAUUCGGACUCGCUCAGUAUUUUCAUAUCAGUUGCCUCCCAAACUACCACAGGAAAGUAUCCUGCAUUUCCAUUUGAUUGGCAAAUGCACAAAUUACCUUCUCCUACUCCAGCAUACUUGAUUCCAUCGAUAAUCAAACCGAAUACCGAUACCAAAGAAUCGUGGUCUUACAAGGAUGUGUCAAGCACAAAACAAGUCUACUUGUUGGCUGUUUAUGGAAAAUCUUGUCCCUUCAAAUGCUACUACAAAACAAGAGCUUAUUUAACUGAUGAUGAAAGAAUUUUGCUGUCAGCUGCUUCCUCCUCUGUGACAACUGUCUACCAGAAGAGGGAACCAUUUUUAUUGCAUUACACAACCAAGAUGAAGAUAUUGAGAUAUAGCAAUAAUACCAAGCUAUUGGGAAAUAUGCUCAGAUAUUCCUUUACUAUUUCAAAUCCCACACGUACUCUCAAAAACCCCAACAUUGGUGUUUAUAUAAGGAAAGAUUUAUUUCCGAAUACACAGCUCUAUGAUUUCAAAGAUGUAGCCUGUGGAUUGCAAAUUAAUGGUCAUAUUGAACUAUCUGAUACCAUUUAUGAUCAUGAAUGGUACUUUGGAUAUAUUUUUACACACGACAAUACUGGCGGAGACACUAUGACUGCCACGGUAAAGGCCUCGUUCUGGAUCGAUGAACCCACAAUAUUUGUAGACAAAAUUCAACAAACAAUUCAAGAUGCACACUUUGAUGUUAUCAGUAUUGGAGGUUAUAUUAACAAUUCUCAGUACGAUCCAGGCAAACAACUUUCUAACGUUCCAUUUAAUGUAAUUUAUACAUCCAUUGUAGUUAUUCAAGGCGCUGUAUUUCCAAUCUCGUUUUACUCAAAGAUUGGAGAAGUUCCAUACAGUGAUGAUUGUGAUAUUAGCUUCCGUAACUCGUUUACAUUGAAUUCAACUGUUGAGGUUGUUUCAGAUGUCAUGUUAACCAUUAAUUAUGUACUCAGCUCUAACGGUGGCUCUUUUAUAUUUUUCACAAAACAACCCAUCUUACUAACACCACCCAUUAAUAACACUGUCACUCUUGGAGGGUACAACAUUUCAACAUGGGAAUUUUCAGAGCUUAAAGAAGACGGAUAUCUUCAACUUUCAAGUUCAAAUUUACUAUUUGCUCGAAGAGACUUUGCGUCGUACGGCGUGUCGGAUUUCAGUAGAACCAUCUAUCAGAGCCUAUUCCAAAACACGUCAAACGCUGUAUGUGCUGGCGACAUGAAUAAUGGGACCAAUGCUACUACUUCCACUGUGACGGUUUUGUCGUAUAGCUCCUUUCCUCGAGCAGUGGCACUCACAACAAGAUAUGAUGGAUACAAUCCUAUGAUCUCUCUUAAUGGAUAUCAGAAUGUCACAACAAGUGCAAGCUCCUUAUCUUUGGAACAAACGAACGGAACCAAUACCAACCUCACACCAGUAUCAACCAUUACAUCCUACGCUCCAUUCGUAUUUUCCUUUGACAUUAAUGAGAUAAUGACGAAAUAUUACAAGAAUUUUGAACAAAAAACAACUCAGAAUGAGUUACUUCCCAUCAACAUCAACCCAGUCAACCCAAAUGACUAUUUAGCAUUAACACUAUUUCGUAUUGAAAUAACAUUCUGGGAUAUUGUGGAUUUGAAUGAAUUCUCUUGCUCCAUAGUUGGAGGUUUUCAAAAACUGGUUGUACCUCAAGUCGGAUCAAAAAAUAUUCCACCAGAUGCUACAUUAGAGAAAGAAAUUUACAAAUAUAAGAAGGUAGAAAAGGAUGUGACAUCACCUUCGUACUAUUAUAUGGCCAAAUAUUCUCUCUCCAUCAGUCUUCAAUCUCUGUAUAAUUACUCAUCGUAUCAUAAUAUUACACAAUUUGGAUACAAUGCGCUGCAACCAAACAGCUCGUUUUAUGUCUCCAUUUGGAAUCAAACAAGAGUUUACCAUCAUGAAAUUAUUUCAUUCAUUGUUGGAGAUGGAAAAAUUUCAAACGAGUUAACAUUUUUACCUUACACUACAAAUGCAUUGAUUGCAAUUACAGCGUUGGUGUUUGUAGUUGCUGCCGUAUUUAUGUUUGGAUUUUCAUGUAAAUUACUUGAAAAAUAUCAAAAGAGAAAGACUACAACCUUUGAGACGUUGAGAGAUAAUGAUCCACUUUGUUUUGCAUGUUCUAUUUGGUUUAAUUUAUUUGGAGCUAAGGCAAGAAGUCGUCGUGCUCGACAAUUGCAAAUAUUUGUACCAGCCAUGUUCAUAUUUGUGAUUGGACUUGUUUCGGUAGUGGUAUUUCUUGCGCUUGCUCUAAGUUAUAGUGAUCAUGUGGUUUGUUGCUCACAAGCUGGUGAUGUCAUUUAUCAAUUUAAUAAGCAAGGGUAUGACCCAAGUUCUGAGGAGUACAAGAACGAGCAAACAAAAUUUGGACUGUACACGCUUGGAACCGCCUCCACCAAAUGCUUCAUUUCAUCGAUUUAUUCUGACAUUUCACAAGUGCAAAGUACACAAAAUCAAAGAACGACCUUGCUACACGAGAGACAUCCAACGAAUUUAGUACCUAAAUUUGUAAUACCCAUUCUGGAUCGACCUUCACAAGGCGUGAACAAUGCAGUCAUGUUGUGUCCAAGAAGUGUUUUCAAGUCUGUUGUCAUUAGAGGUUCAGACAUUUUUGGUAUGGUUGGAACGUUGUGGUGUGGAAUUUUGAUUACAUUGUCAUUCUCAUUGUGCAGCGUUCUAUUCAUUGAGGUUGUGUUGGGUUCAUGGUUUUUGGAGACUGUGUUGUUCCCCAAACUUGCAUAUCGAGUUUUGAACGAGUAA